AUGGAAGCAAAUUCACGUAUUCAAAAUCACCAAAAGAAGCAGAAACUGAAUGAAGAACAAGACAUUGAUGGGAACGGCAAAUGCCUAAGUAACUUACCUAAGGAGGUUCUUCUAGACAUUCUUUCCCUUCUUCCAACAAAAGACGCUGGUAGGACAAGCCUACUUUCUAAAAGGUGGGAAUACCUGUGGGCUUCUAUUCCCAAUCUGGUUUUUGAUGGAUCCUUGCCUGCUAUGAGAACAAUUUGCUUCUCAAAUCUAAAGAUCUUGACAAUCAAACGUGUAACGUUUUUGGAUAAGUACUUAACCCAGCAGCUGUUUUCUGGUACACCAGUCCUUGAAAAGUUGGAUAUAUUAGACUGCAGCUGGGGGGAUCUCAAAGUUGUGAAUAUUUCUGCUCCCAAGCUUCAUUCUCUGCGCAUACAGGAAUUUAGGAGACAAAAUUCGAGAAAUGGGGAUGUUUGUCAGGUUAUGAUUUUUGCAGAGAGUCUCAAAGAAUUUUAUUACUUUGGUGUAUUCAGCAACUAUCGCUUAUAUAAGUCAUUCUCAUUGGAAAAGGCAUGGAUUUCCACUUACCCUGAUCCAUCAAAACAAAUUGCUCAUUGCAUGUAUAAGCUUCUUAAAGGGCUCUCCAACGUAGAGUUUUUAACACUUCCUUGUGCGCUGGUUAAGUAUGAAAUAUGUGCGUUCAAGCUCGGCUUGUUGGAUGCUCGGGCGAGCUCGAGCUUGUUGAGAAUGCCAUUUGAGAUGAAUUGGGCUAUGAUAUAUACAACAGAACUCAUAUCUCGUAUGCCUAUGUUCAAUAACCUGGUGGAUUUGGAGUUCCUUGGAACGUCAGUAGAUCUUGAUUGUGCAGCACUAUUGACGUUAUUGCAAAAAUCUCCUUGUCUUAAGACUUUGAAAUUUUCUGGGGGGAUCAGUCGUGAGAAAGUUGAUGGGGUAUUGAAUCCAGUGCCUCCAUGUUUCUUGUCACACCUCAAGUGCGUUGAAGUUGCUGAGUAUUGUGGAGGUGAGAAGGAGCUUUCUGCUGUAAAGAUUUUGCUCGAGAAUGCAAUUGUAUUGGACAAAAUAGUUAUAACUUGCCCUAUGCUUUUUCCAAUGCCCUUAGAGAGCCAAGAGAAGGUUUGUAAACAGUUGACAGAGCUCCGUGAACGGUCACAAAAUUGUAAAAUCGUUUGGGAACGUGCUUCUUAG